AUCGUUGACUUUUGACCAAUACUUAGCGGAAGAUCAACGGCGGCGGCAUCUUCAUUACCAAUUUAAUAUUGUGGUCCCGCGUAACACCCGAUCUCGAUCUCCAUUUCACAUGGCCCCAACUAAAUGAACUAACUUCUUCUUCUUCAUUCAUUUCUCUGUAAAUUUUCUUCAUACUUUCAAAAUUAAAAAUGGAAGCUUUAUGGAUUUCUCUUAUGUUCAUCUCUCUUUCCUUCUUCUUUCCUACUUCCAAAUCCCAAUUAUCUUCUUCUGAAACAAAAACCCUUUUCAAAAUCCAACAUAUUCUUCAAUAUCCAAAACCUUUAUCAACCUGGUCUAAUUCAACAAAUUUCUGUAAUCUUAAUCCAACCCAAUCAUUAACAAUCAUUUGCACCAACACCCAUGUCACCGAAUUUACAUUAUCAGUCCCAGUCAGUGAUUCAAAACCACUCUCGACUCAAUUCUCAAUUGAUUCACUCUUUACUGUCAUCACAAAACUCCCCAAUUUGAAACUGCUGAAACUUGUCGGUUUACGCUUGUGGGGAACACUUCCGGCGAAGAUUAGCAGGUUGAAGAGUCUUGAAUUGCUUGAUUUGAGUUCAAAUUUAAUCGAUGGAGUGUUGCCGGAGUCAAUUGGGAGUAUGAUAACUUUAAAGAUUCUUGUUUUAAAUGAUAAUUUGUUUAAUGGGAAUAUACCAAAUUUGAAUCAUUUGCAGGUUCUUGAAGUUAUUAAUCUUGGUAAUAAUCGUUUUGGUCCUAUCUUUCCAUUGUUGCCGUUUAAUCUUGUUAAUAUCACAUUGAGUAAUAAUUCUAUGAGAUCAUCGAUACCAGAAGAAAUCAAAAACUUUAAUCUUCUUCGUUUGUUUGAUUUAUCAUCAAAUAAACUUCUCGGCCCUUUACCAUCUUCCAUCUUCUCAAUUCCAUCUAUUCGAUAUCUAAACGUCGCUAAUAAUCAGUUAACCGGCGCUCUUCCGUCGAACAUGUCAUGCAAUUCGAAUCUGAGUUAUGUCGACAUCUCUAAGAAUCUCUUUAUUGGGAAACUACCAGUUUGCUUAUCGAAUUCCUCGAACAACAUAGUCAUAAGUUCUUGGAAUUGUUUGAGAACAAAUUCAUCAAAAGAUCAGCAGCAUCCGAUUAGCUAUUGUAAUAAGCAAGCAUUAGCUGUCGAUCCCCCGGUUAUCCGGAGGAGAGAAGCGAAGUCAACUAUCAAACUAGGUUUGAUCCUAGGAAUCAUUGGCGGAGUUGUUGGGACUGCUGUCGUGAUUAUGGCAUCGAUUCUUCUUGUUCUUAGAGUUUCCGAAAGGAAGAAAACUGAUGUUUUUAGCAAUGAGAAAUCAGUUAUGGAGAAAACUAAUGUCCCAAGUGCAACUAGGUUGUUAACGUCGCUAUUGCCUCCUUAUCAUGUGUUUACGAACGAGGAAAUGGAAGAUGCCACGAACAAUUUCGACGAAUCGAACUUAGUUGGUGAAGGGUUGGGAUCGGCUGGACAGAUAUAUAAAGGAUGGUUGAGAGAUGGAUCUUCGGUAUUGGUAAGAUGUUUGAAGAUAAAACAUAAACAAUUCUCUGUUCAAAACAUGCAGCAGGAAAUGGGAAUGGUGUCAAAGUUAAGGCAUAGACAUUUGGUUAGUGUUCUUGGUCAUUGUAUAGACCAUCAUCAUAAUUCUUCUCCUAAUACAUCUACAACAUCAAUCUUCAUCGUACUUGAACAAAUGACAAAUGGGUUCUUGAAAGAUCAUUUAUCAGAUUGGAGAAAAAGGGAUAAUUUGAAAUGGCCUCAAAGGAUGGGAAUUGCGAUUGGGAUUGGUAGGGGAGUUCAGUUUUUGCAUUCGGGGAUCGCUCCUGGAAUUUUCGGGAAUGAUUUGAGGAUUGAGAAUGUCGUGUUGGACGAUACUCUAACCGCGAAACUUAGUAGCUAUAAUAUUCCAUUGUCAUCAUUGUCAUCUAAGUCUGGUUCCGGUUCUGAAAGCCCUCUCAAUAUGCUCAGCACAUUGACCCUUCCUUCCAGAAGUGAAAAUGGAGAAAAGGACGAUAUUUAUCAGUUGGGUGCGAUUCUACUACAAAUGAUAUCUGGAAAGGUAGUUGGAUCUGAAACCGAGUUAAACAGCCUAAAAACCGAGAUGGAAGACAGUUUGGUGGAGUCGCCUUCAAGAUUGAAAGAAGUGAUUGAUCCGUCAAUAAGGGGGAGUUUCGCGUUUGAUUCAUUGAAGACGGCAGUUGAGAUAUCGAUUAAAUGCCUUUGUGAAGAUCCAAAUGGGCGUCCUUGUAUCGAUGAUUUCCUUUGGCAUAUGCAGUACUCGGUUCAAGUACAAGAAGGAUGGACUAGUAGUGGAAAUCUUAGCACAAAGAUGUAAUGAAAACUCACUAUUUCCCAUAGUCACGAUGUAAAUUGUAAUACGAAGUUCAAGUGUUUUUCUUUUGUUAUUACUGAAAAAACUUUGUUCUACAAAGAAGAAGAACUUACUGAUUUACAGAUUCCAA